AUGUCCGACCAGUCAUUCCAAAACCAACAUGAAGAGGCCUACGCCUCCCUGAUGAGAGGCCUGAAGGAGCUGGAUCUACAGGGAUCCUAUGUCCCCAGUGACUUGGUCCUGAUUGGAGACCAUGCCUUUCCUUUAGCAAUGAACAGCCGAGGUCAGGUCCUGAUGGCUGCCUCUCUGUACGGCAGUGGAAGGAUUGUGGUCCUGGGUCAUGAGGGCUACUUGACAGCCUUUCCUGCUCUGAUAGAAAAUGUUGUGACCUGGCUGAGAGGUGAUGGAUCUGAUAACCUCUCAGUGGGGGUGCACACAUAUGCCAGUGGAGUUGCUGAUAACCUCCAAAAAUCCAGCUUCCAAGUAGAAGUUGUGGGAGCUUUCAGUGACAAGCUGGGAGUUGGUGUUUAUGUGGCCGAUGCCUACAGCGUGGGCUCAGACCCAACAGAGCUGGUGGCAUUUCUGAAAGCUGGAGGAGGGGUGCUGAUAGCUGGGCAGGCGUGGAGUUGGGCUGAAAAUCACCCCAAAGAGAACACACUGCAUGAGUUUGAUGGGAAUAAAGUGUCGGGAGUGGCAGGAAUCUACUUUUCCAAGAACCGUGGUGAAGUGGAGAACCUGCCUGUCUACCCUCAGAUCCCAUCCUCCUGGAUGUCUGUGGUCUUAGGUAAGGAUUUUGAGGAUGACUUAGAGUUCUUACUCCAGGGAAUUUCAGAGUUCGAGCUCCCAGAGGGGUCAACUUCUUCUGAGGUUCUAGUCCACGGCCCGCUAGCCUUUCCCAUCGGUACCACAGAUGAUGGACGGGCAUUCCUGGCAGGAGCCUACUAUGGAAAGGGACGAGUCAUUUUGAUUUCACAUGAAGGAUUUCUGGGACUUGAGAGCAUGGCUUCAAUUUGGAAAAAUGCUGUUCACUGGUUGGAUGAAGGCCGCAGAGGGGUUGUUGGUGUAAUGAUGGAGCCUGCACUCAAAGUUCUCAGCAAGUCAGGGCUGAAGUGUGAGCAGACAAACUUCAGGGAAGACCUCAGCGUGUUUGUGUGUACAGCGUAUAUCAACGAGAAUUUGGAGGAAAUCAAACAUUUUGUGGCAGAGGGAGGAGGCCUGCUGAUUGGAGGACAUGCCUGGUGGUGGGCUUAUACAAAUCCUGGGAAAAAUGUGCUAACUGAAUUCUCAGGGAACAAGAUCCUGACCCAAAUGGGAUUGAGCCUGUUGCCAGCAACAAUCGGAGGAGGAUCAUACAAAGCCCCUGUACCCAGCCAGGCUAUUAAAGACAGCUACCACUUUCGCCACGUUCUAAGCCGCUUCGCUGCCCAUGUGACUACAGGUGAAGAACUUAGCCAGCAUGAGGAGAGAUAUCUGAAAAAGCUGGGCAGGGACUGCAAUGUCUACUUGCAGAUGAAAGCCCAUGACUCCUCCCACUACAGACAAGUGUUGGCCACACUCACGGAUAUAUUAAUGACAUCAGGCCUGCCAGAAGUGAGUGACAGCUGCCCUGUGAACAGUCCCAAAGACCAUCUCCUCCUUGCUCUGGGGACAGAGGUUUAUAAGGUUUCCCCAGAUCCUGAUGCUCUCCUGCCCUACCUCAUCAAGGACAACCCAAUGAUGCCUGUUGUCUAUAACCACCGGAUCAAGGUUGAUGUUAAUACAGCAGAUAUGGAAGAGUGGAUCAGUACAGGCCUCUACCUCUCUCCUGGUAUGAAGACCUAUAUGUCCAUACCACCUCAGAUUGUCAACAAGGAUUGGAUGAUUCAGAUAGGGUGCCAAACUGAUUCUCUGCACCACAAUGAGGAGCUGAAGAGACCACCGACUGUCCAUGAGCGAUUUCCUGUCACCUCAGAGAUGAUACAGGUUUGGAACCUGUGGGGAGGACUCAUCUACCUGGUGGCCCCACCCAAAACACAAGUGAAGGGGUUGUUGGUCACAGUGCAGAUGGCUGUACCUGCUCCAUAUUAUAAGUCUGGUGUAACAACUGCAGCUCAGUGGUCAUUGCUGCGCACGGCUCCUUCACCCUGGGCAGAGUUGGAGUUUGAAAACAUCAUUCUCACCGUACCAUCAGAUGCUGUUCGGGAUCUGGAGCGCCCGGAUGAGCUAGCCACUCUGUGGGAUGAAAUGAUGAGGGCCAUUGCAGAUCUGGCUGCCAAACCACACAAAUUUCCCCGCAAGGAGCGCUUUGUGGCAGAUGUGCAGAUUUCUCAAAGCUGGAUGCAUGCAGGUUAUCCUAUCAUGGCUCACAAAAUGACAGCUCAGGAGCUGGUUGGUGUUAAAAAAGGUAGUCCUUUGUGGGGCCCCAUCCAUGAACUGGGACACAACCAACAGAGAGCUUGCUGGGAGUUCCCACCAAACACCACAGAGUGUACAUGCAACCUGUGGUCAGUGUAUGUGAAUGAAGAGGUGCUCGGCGUCCACAGGGAGAAGGCUGAAGAUGCCAUGACUGCAGCAAACCGACAAAGUCGAAUAAAUGACUAUGUUGCUGGAGGCAGGACGCUUGAGAAGUGGAGCUUUUUUGUUGCUCUGGAAACAUAUAUGCAGCUCCAGGAAAGGUUUGGCUGGGAUGCCUUUAAGAAGGUGUUUGCUGCGUAUCACCACAUGAGUGACUUCCCCGGUGACAACAAAGGAAAGAUGAACCUGUACGUUGAGACUUUCUCCCAGACUGUGGGACUGGACCUGACUGGCUUCUUUAAGGCCUGGGGCUGGCCAAUAGAAACAGCCACUGAGGAGAAGCUGUCCCAGCUGCUUCCCUGGAACGAUCACCCCAUGACCCAGUAUGACUAAACUUCAGACCACUGCAGUGUGCAGAGAAAUGGUUUCAACCAAUAUCUUAAGUUGAAGUGAAUGAUGGGCAACACGGUGAACUGAUUUGGUGUUUGGUGUUCUGUUUUAACAACAUUUAUGAGAGUAUCUGAAUAGAAAAACAGAAAUAAUGUACUGAGAGUCCAGGUAUUAAAUUCAGCUUGAAUUUUUCUUUUUUGGAUUGUGAUGUUCCUCUAGAGGGGAGGUACAGUAUACUUUCAC